AGAAGUGGAAAGUCAGCUGCACACAGACUCAGUCAGUCAGUCAGUGAGGAACAGAGCUUCAGUGUGUCCUUGCUCUCAGCCGUCACACCUUCCUCUCCUCAUCCUCAUCACUCUGAUCCUCUCGGCAGCAGCAGCAGCAUAAAAAAUGGUCCUUCAUCACAAAGAGUUCACCACCGCUGGAAAGACAGCCGGCCUGCAGAUCUGGAGGAUCGAAAACCUGGAGCUGGUUCCUGUUCCAGAGAGUUUACACGGGAACUUUUACAGCGGAGAUGCUUACGUGAUCCUGAGCACCGUGACACAGAGAGACAGCUUCUUCUACCACCUGCACUAUUGGCUCGGAAAGGAAUGCAGCCAGGAUGAGAGCACUGCGGCGGCCAUCUUUACCGUUCAGCUGGAUGACUACCUGGGUGGAAAACCGGUCCAGUACAGAGAACUGCAGGGUGUCGAGUCCACAGCCUUCACCAGCUACUUCAAGGGAGGAAUCACAUACAAAACAGGGGGCGUGGCCUCAGGUUUCCAUCAUGUGAUCACCAAUGACCUUUCAGCACGGAGACUCCUCCACAUCAAGGGUCGGCGGGUCGUCAGGGCAACCCAGGUCCCCCUUACCUGGUCCAGCUUCAACAGCGGGGACUGCUUCAUCGUGGACCUCGGAGACAAGAUAUAUCAGUGGUGUGGAUCCAAGUGCAACAAGUUUGAGCGCCUGAAGGCAACGCAGGUGGGCAGAGCUAUCCGUGACAACGAGAGAAACGCCCGUGCAGAGCUGGUGGUUGUAGAAGAAGGAAGUGAGCCCUCUGCAUUAAAUGAUGUUCUUGGAGUGAAGCCGGAGCUGUCAGAGGGAGAUGAUGAUGAUGAUACAAAGGCAGACGUGUCCAACAGGAAAAUGGCCAAACUUUAUAUGGUUUCUGAUGCGUCAGGAUCGAUGAAAGUGAGCAUCGUGAAGGAGGAGAACCCUUUCCUCCAGACUGACCUGAUCUCAGAGGAGUGCUUCAUCCUGGAUCAUGGCCAAAACAACAUAAUCUUUGUUUGGAAAGGGCACAAAGCCAACCCCGGCGAGAGAAAGGAGGCGAUGAAAACAGCCGAGGGCUUCAUCAAACAGAUGGGCUACCCAGCAAACACACAGAUCCAGGUAUUGCCAGAAGGGGGAGAGACCCCCAUGUUCAAGCAGUUCUUCCUGGGUUGGAGGGACCGGGACCAGAGCGAGGGUUUCGGGAGGGUGUUUGUCACAGAGAGGAUCGCAAGGAUCCAGCAGGUGGAGUUUGAUGCUUCGAAGCUCCACGAGUCCCAACAGAUGGCAGCUCAGUACAACAUGGUGGACGACGGGAGCGGAGACACGCAGAUCUGGAGGGUAGAGAGCAGCGGCAGAGUUCGUGUCGAACCAAAAAGCUAUGGUCAGUUCUACGGUGGCGACUGUUACAUCAUCUUGUACACGUACGGGAAGAGACAGAUCAUCUACACCUGGCAGGGGUCCAGCUGCACUCUGGACGAGCUCACAGCCUCAGCCUUCCUCACGGUUCAGCUGGAUCGAUCACUGGGAGGAAACGCAGUUCAGGUCAGAGUGUGUCAGGGUAAAGAACCUCCUCACCUGCUGAGUCUCUUCAAAUCUAAACCCCUCAUUGUUUAUAAGAAUGGUACGUCCCGUCACGGAGGUCAGGCACCCACCCCUCAAACCCAACUGUUUCAGGUCCGACGAAACCUUGGCACCAUCACCAGGAUCGCUGAGGUUGAUGCUGCUGCAGCCAGUCUGAACUCGAAUGACGCCUUCCUGCUGAAGAUGGCAGGUGGGCAGGGCUACCUGUGGAUGGGUAAAGGAGCGAGCGAUGAAGAGUUAAAGGGAGCGGAGUACAUGAGCAAAGAGCUGAACUGCAGCAGCAAACGUAUCAUGCAGGGAAACGAACCAGCUGACUUCUGGGCAGCAUUAGGAGGGAAGGCUGAGUAUCAGACCUCAGAAAGAUUAGAGAGUCACACCCUGACUCAUCCUCCUCGCCUGUUUGGAUGCUCCAAUAAGACGGGCAGGUUUAUCAUCGAGGAGGUUCCUGGAGAGUUCACUCAGGACGACCUGGCUGAAGAUGAUGUGAUGCUGCUGGAUGUUUGGGAUCAGGUGUUUGUCUGGAUAGGAAAAGACGCCAACGAGGUGGAGAGGACUGAAUCUGUCAAAUCUGCCAAACAGUACGUGGAGUCCGACCCAAGUGGACGAGACAAGCAGACCCCUCUGGUGGUGGUGAAACAGGGGCACGAGCCCCCCACCUUCACAGGCUGGUUCCUGGCCUGGGACCCGUCCCACUGGGACUCUGUGACCGGUAGCAUGCAGGCCCUGCGUCUGUAGACUCAGAUUGCAUACGGGAGAAAUGAAACCAUGCUUUUGGUUCAUCAGUGUGAUGAAAGAAUAAAGUGUCUUUGAUAUUUUUUACUUUGCUUUAGCGCACUUUGGCUCUCACAGGUGAUUGUUUUUUAUUUGUUUUGUACCAGAAAUUCAUCGUCUUUGACAAAGUACUCAAACUUAGUUUGUUGUUGGAAUGUUGGCACAAAAGAAUCACUUUGAGAAGCACAGGUUUUAAAUAUUACAUUUUUUGUUUUUGUAUGAUUGUUUUUUAGAUCAGGUGUUUGCAUGCAUUAAAAAUAAAGACUGAUGUCAAACUCUUAA